AUGGCUGAAACGGAGUCAAUUGAGAUGGGCAUUGCUGGCAUUGGGUCUAGCGCCCACCAGGCCAGUCAGCCGGUGGUGGACGGCCGCCCGGUCGAAGGAGACGGGCAGCCAGAGGGAGAAGCCCCGCCGGAGCCGCGCCCCGAGGCUGUGGCGGAGUCGGCUGAGAGCGAGCUCCUUCACCAGGCCAAAGACCUGGGCGAUUAUCUAUUUAACUUUGCGACUGCUGCUACAAAAAAGAUAACUGAAUCAGUUGCUGAAACAGCACAAUCGAUAAAGAAAUCAGUAGAAGAAGGAAAAAUAGAUGACAUCCUCGAUAAGACCAUUAUAGGAGAUUUUCAGAAGGAACAGAAAAAAUUUGUUGAGGAGCAGCAUACCAAAAAAUCAGAAGCAGCAGUGCCCCCAUGGGUUGAUAGUAAUGAUGAAGAAACAAUUCAACAACAGAUUUUGGCCUUAUCAGCUGACAAGAGGAACUUCCUUCGUGACCCUCCAAUUGGCGUGCAGUUUCAUUUUGACUUUGAUCAGAUGUACCCUGUUGCCCUGGUCAUGCUCCAAGAGGAUGAACUGCUGAGCAGGAUGAGAUUCGCCCUUGUUCCUAAACUCGUGAAGGAAGAAGUGUUUUGGAGGAACUACUUUUACCGUGUGUCCCUGAUUAAGCAGUCAGCCCAGCUCACUGCUCUGGCCGCCCAGCAGCAGGCCGCCGGAAAAGAGAAGAGCCAUGGCAGAGAUGAUGCGUUGCCACUGACAGAGGCAGUACGGCCCAAAACGCCACCUGUUGUAAUCAAAUCUCAGCUUAAAACUCAAGAGGAUGAAGAGGAGAUCUCUACCAGCCCAGGCGUUUCUGAGUUUGUCAGUGACGCCUUCGAUGCCUGUAACUUAGAUCAGGAGGAUCUGAGGAAGGAAAUGGAGCAACUGGUGCUUGACAAAAAGCAGGAGGAGACAACCGUAUUAGAAGAUGAUUCUACAGAUUGGGAAAAAGAACUACAGCAGGAACUUCAAGAAUAUGAAGUGGUGACAGAAUCAGAGAAACGAGAUGAAAACUGGGAUAAGGAAAUAGAGAAAUUGCUGCAGGAAGAAAAUUAACUGUUUACUUAAAUAAGAAUCCUUAACAUUCUGUAACUGACAUUAAAUUCUAGCUGGUAACCCUCGUUGAAUCAAAAGGCACAAAGAGUAUAACUUUAUGAAACUCAAAAUUAUUCUUUUUUCACAUUGAAACUUGCCUCUUUAAAAAAUAUAUAGAACAGUUAUUCUAAUCAUUAAAAAGGGAUGCUUUAUGUAAUAUUCCUUUAAUAUAAAUCUAGUUAGAGAUGAUGUUCUUAUGGUCAAUAUUGAUAUCUUAGCCACAGAAACACAAGUAAAAUUUUAGAAUUCUG